UACACUUCCUGUAAUGUUAUAAUGACCUUAUUGUGUUAUCAAAUUACUUUAUGUAUCAUUACUUACAAUUGUAUCAUAGAAAAAUACUGAUUGAAUAUAUUUCCAAUCAUAAUAUUAUUACCAGAUGUUAAUGUUAGUGUUCGCAGGGUUUUUAAAAUUAUGUUUUGUAGGUGUGUGCUUUAUUGAAACAGGAAGAGAACCUUCCUGCCUGGAAGUAUCUUGACCGUACUGAAGUACAUGAUUCACUGAAGCCUGUGUUUGCCUUGUCCCCCUUGUAAUCUGAAACCCCUGUGAAGUAGAGGGUGUCAAUAAAUCAGUAACCAUGUUAAACUGCUGCUUAUGUGGAAUGUGCCGAGAGUUUUUGAUGAUCCAGCAAGACUAUCAACAGGACAGCACAGUCCAGGCAAGAAACUUGAAUCAAAGAAGCGCUGCUGUUCGUUCUUCCAGCUCUGACAGACAGAUCUAACCAGCAUCACCACAGAUGGCUGCCCCCUUUGUUCCAGUCCCAUUCCCGGUGGAUUGGACUGGAGCGUGCAGGUCCUGGACGAAAAGUGGGUGUCUUGUACAUUCUACGUCUUCAGUGGACUGUGAGCGCUCACCUCCAGUAAGUAUUUCAUGGGUGAGAGGAGCUGGACCCUGGGCUUUUACUGCAGUUGGGCCUCCCACCCCAGAUGACUCCUGGGCUGGACCCAGAGGAGGCAUGUUGGAUGGGUCAUCCACACUGCAGGAGUGUGAGGGGCGCCUCAAGGAUAGCUGGGUGGAGAGACCCAUCACCCCGAUACUGUUGGGCUACAAGAUCCUGGAGGAGAGGGCAAAGUUCACGGUUUAUAAGAUCCUGGUGACGGGGAGUCGAGGAGACAGCUGGGUGAUCUUCAGAAGAUACACCGACUUCUGCAGGCUCAAUGACAAGCUUAAAGAGCUGUUUCCCAACCGUCGUCUAGCCCUGCCUCCGAAACGCUGGUUCAAAGACAACUAUGGCGAGGAGCUUCUUGAGGAGAGGCAGCUCGGGCUGCAGACAUUCCUGCAGAACCUGAUGUUACACAAAGAUGUCAUCAGCAGCGAAGCCGUCAGACACUUCCUGUGUUUGGUUGACCCGCCGAGUCCAUUUGACAGUCUGGAGGAAAGUAGGGCCUUUUGUGAGACUCUGGAGGAGACGAACCAUCGUCUUCAGAGGGAACUCCUUGAAAAUCAAAGAGAGUUUGACACUUUAAAGAAGACCCUGGAGGAGAAGGAAAACCACAUCAGCCUCCUUCUGAAGAAAAACAAAUCCCUGUCACUUUCUUCAGAGAGCUUCGAGAGUCCUCGCCAGCUAACAGCAACGAUAGCCACGGACACAAACAGAGAAGGAGGCACAGGUGUGGAUGGAUUUAAGCAGAAACACACAGAUGGAAAUGAAGAUGAGGGCGAUGACAGACAGAGGACAUUCUCUAACUGAGGUUGUCAACGCAUCAACAACCCUUUAGUCCUCCUAUAUUUAGUCUUCAUGUCCUUAUCUCAUCCCCAAUUUUACUGGCAGUUGAUGUAAAAACUAGAAAAUGUAAAAUUCAACAUUAAUUCAUAAAGACAAAAUGACCAGAGGGUGGCAGUGUAUUAGAAAUUUCCAAAGAUAAAUCCACUGCACCUGAAUGAAAGGGAUGCUGUGGACUUGAUGUUCUGUUCUCGUUGCACACACAAAAGGACGUCUCUCUAAACCCUGAACUCAGAUCUCCUUGCUGAUUGGGCUGACAUGUUUACCUCUCAAAGAGUGAAAAGCAGUUUUACAAUAAGUGAAUGAAAACCUCAUUCAUGCCAGCCUCAUUGUCAGACUGCAGAGCCAUUUCACUUCAUUCAUUCUAUUUGUGUCACAGAACAGACGACAGACGUGGGCAGUGAUUCAGAGGUCUGGGACCAGGCUGCAUUCAUACUGCACAUCAUUUCAUUUAUAUUGUAGGCUUCAAUGAAAACAUACAUUAUGACAAAAAAACAACAACUGAAUGAGAAUUAAACAUGCUAGAGAAAAGGGUUUAAGGAGGAUAUAUAUAUAUAUUUGGGUGGGUUUCAAAGACAUUUCUUGAAUUGGCUGAUAACUGAA